AUGGCGUUUUACCCGGUCCACGUGUGUUUUUUCAUCCUUCUGUCGACGACGGCGAUCUUAGCUGCGACACCCAACAACGUUAUGGACCUCUUCACGACAAACCUACACGAAUUCCAACACGUCCCGAUGAAGUACGACUCUAAAAACCCCAUCCCGAAAUGGUUGGAAGGAACUCUGGUCCGAAAUGCCCCCGCGAUGUUCGAGCUUGGUGGCCGUUCAGCCAUCCACGUCUUUGAUGGCUUUGCCAAGAUUCACAGCGUAGAGAUAGGACAACAGGCCAUCAGCUUCUCAUCUGCCUUUCUGCAAACCAGUGCAUACACGAGAUCUAAAAAGGCCAACCUCUACGCACCGUCCAUCACUUUCUUCGGUGUCGACCCAGCGUUCAGCACCAUUGAAAAGUUGGAGGCCUUCAGGUAUCCCUACGACAACACCGACGUGAACGUAUGGAAGUAUGGGCAGGGGAACAACAGCGUGUACGCUGCCCUCACCGACGCUUGGGUGUACGCUGAGUUUGACCUAGACAGUCUGGCCUCAAAAGGAGUAGAUAUUCCUGAAGUUAGUGGCGUGCAUUGGUCCCGUCUUGUCCAAUCCUGUGCCCACCCUAUUGUAGAACCGAACACUACUAACAGUAUUAACUACUUAAUGUUCCCUAGCUUGAUACCCGGUCAGAAGCAGCAGUACUAUGUACUAAGAAUCAAGGACCUUGGCGAUUUCGAAAUUUUGGCCAACUUUCAGUCAGACAAGGCAUCGUACAUGCAUAGUUUUGCUGUAACUAAAAACUACGCUGUGUUUUUUGUUCAGCCCGCAUAUUUCGACUUUGUCAAAAUGGUUGGGUCAGCUAUGGUGGGGGAUGCCAUGGGGUGGUUCCCAGAUGAAAAGACACAAGUUAUGGUGGUCAACCUCAAAACGGGAAAGGUAGAAACAGUGGAAACCGACCCCAUCUUUUACACGCACCACGCGAACGCUUACGAAACGCCUGACGGUAAAAUCGUGGCCGAUGUCUGUCAGUUCGAGGACGGGGUGUCCAUUUUUGCUGACUAUAAGCUCCCUAUGUUACGAAAUCUCACCACUCUGCACCAAAGGCCGUCCAGAUCUAGGCUUUAUCGUUACACCAUCGACUUAGCAAACAAGUCGGUUCAAACUAAAACUUUCCGCAGUGACGACCCCCUACAAGACUACCUUCACACAAUCGACGUCCCGAUUAUUAACGAAAACUACCGAGGCCGCCACUAUUGCUACCUCUACGGCGUCGUUUUCGACUUUUCCCCGUCCAACGCUCUGAACGGCUCGUUCGCCCUGGUGAAAAAGAACCUGUGCACCCCCGGGAAAGAUCUCUUUUGGUACAAACCGAACCAUUACGUCAGCGAGCCGAGCGUCGUUCCGAAUCCCGAGGGGAAAGACGAAGAUGACGCCGUCGUCCUCUCGGCUGUUUUCGACGCCGUUCUCGGCAAAAGCUACCUCCUCAUUUUGGACGCUAAAACCAUAAAACCUAUCAACACUGCUUACAUGCCGACAUACAUUCCGUUUGGCUUCCACGGCAAAUACUUUCCUAAAAAUUAGAUCGCCUCUUUUGGAUCAUUUUCCUCCAAAUGUUUCAUGAUUUCUUUUGAGAUUCUUAUAUUCAUACUCGUAAAUUUCGCACGAUUGGCCAUUUUUUUUUUGCAAAAUAAAAAAAAAAUACAUUCCAAAUAAUUUUCCCGCGGAAAAGUUGGAUCUCUUCUAUGAAGGGCUAGACAAAGAGUUAGGAGGAGGGGGGCCCCUAGCCAGUUAACUAUCUAGGAUGUGUUCCAGCUUCACUAUAUUGUUGCAAAUUAGCUUUCUGCUUAGUUUUGUUUUCAUUAUUUUACUUCAUAAAGUUAAUCAAGCCGUUGUUUUAGCAAAUGUCCUUGUAGAUAAUGUGUAUAGAUUGAUAGGAUAGGGGCAAUGUACACAAAAAUUCCGAUAAUGCCAGUUUGACAAAUCAUGUUUAUUUAGAUCCAAGUCACUGACCUCUGUUAUCUAUCAAUGUUUAAGUCUUACGAGACAAAAUGGUUAAACGGUCCACAACGAUAACAAAAGGUCAUUGACCGGUCUUCAGAACAUCAGCGACACAAGU